AUCUAUUCAAACAUCCUCUGAGUAACUAAUUUGUUUUUUAAUUGGUGUCCAUGUUGUGCUAUCAAUUCAGAUCACGUGUUACACCUUUUCAUAAUAAACAUUCCUUUUCGAAAAAAAUUAAAAAUGCAGUCCAGCAUAGACGUUAAGCAACCAUAGAUGUGUGAUUAUUAACAUUACUAUUGCAGAGGAACUAUUUUUAAAUCAUGACAUGAUAUACAUUUAAGGAACAAUUGCAAGUUAUUAGCAACUUUAGCAAUAGCAAUAAUAAAUGAGAGUUACAAUUUGUUGAAGUCACCAUUCGUGAAACUGUGUUAUUUGUGAAAAGAGAUUAUCCAACAGCGUCAGAACUAAUAAUGGGUGCAUCGUGCUGUAAAGGUGAGGAUAAGAGUUCAGCUGCUACCGAACCAAAAGUUUGCCACAAGUGCAAAGAGCAGGUCAAAGGAGGAGUGCUAACAGCUUUAGGUAAGACAUGGCAUCCUGACCAUUUCUGCUGCAAUGAAUGCAAAAAUCCGAUAACUGAGAAUUCAUUCCACACUAAAGAUGAUUUUCCUUACUGUACGCCUUGCCAUACUAAGCUUUUUGCGUCUAUUUGCCAUGCCUGUGACCAACCAAUUUUGGACAAAUGCGUUCAAGCGAUGGGAGUCAACUGGCACGAAGACCAUUUCUUGUGCGAAGACUGCAAAACCAAAUUAAUUGGACAACAAUUCAUGGACGUCGCAGGACUUCCUCGUUGCCAGAAAUGCUACAUUGCCAAACAUGCAGAUAAGUGUAAAGGUUGUGGCAAACCAAUCCCUGAUAAGGCUAUCGUAGCUUUGGAUGCUAAAUGGCAUCAAAUGUGCUUCAGAUGUUCAAAAUGCUCGAAACCUAUCAUGAAGGACCAGUCAUUCCAAGUAGAUAGCGGCAGGCCCCACUGCGUCAAGUGUUAAUUUCAGCAGCUAUUUAUUUCAUUGGUUAUGUUCUAGCUAAUGUAUGAUCUAUCGAACAUGGCCUGUAUUUUCUACACAAACAAUACAACACACUCUCGCAAAACGUAUUAAAUUUACACAUUGACAAGUUAUUAUUAUACAAAUAUUCUAUGUAUUAUGUUUAUUUUAUAAAAUUUGAGCUUUUUAUCAUGUUAAAAUAAAGUUUUCGCCAAGAA